AGAAGACGUGUGAAGCCUGGCGGUCGGUAACCAAUGCAAGGCGAUGGGUCUACCUAAAUCUUGGUGACCUUCAGUGGCGACUGGCCCCAACAGCCAUCAGUCAGCAUGCAAGGCUUCUACUCCAAGCUGGACUCCUCCCCCUCCUCCUCCCCGUUACUGGGGGUGGCCAUGGGGCGAGAAGGCGGGGCGGUCCCUCUCAGCCUGGCGGUGGAGACGGAGAAAGCUCAGGCGCUCCUACAGACAUUCAGCUCCGCCUCCCUGCUGGCCUCAGCAGGACUCGGGAUGUUCUGCGUGGUGGCGGACCACACCCUGCAGCUGUCCGUCAUCCAGAACCACCUGUGGCUGCGCGCCGCCUUGGACAACGCCACUCAUGGGCUGGUGGGGCUGUGGUCGUGGGCGGUUGUUAUUGGACUUAGGAAAAAGAGCGAUCUGUACGAGGUGCUGCUUGCUGGUCUUCUGGCAUCAAUCAUAGACCUGGACCACUUCUAUAUGGCUGGAUCCCUGUCCCUCAAGGCUGCCGUGUCGCUCCCUCAGCGUCCUCCUCUCCACUGCUCCUCUCUCAUCCCGGUCCUCUGUCUCUCGCUGCGUUUCCUCAUGUGGAUCGGCCGCCUCAAAGACGCCUGGUGCUCGUUGCCGUGGAUGCUUUUCAUCUCCAUGGCGACGCACCACGUCCGGGACGCCGUGCGCCACGGCCUGUGGGUGUGCCCGUUCGGCAACACGGCGCCGCUCCCCUACUGGCUGUACGUCAGCACCACAGCGACACUUCCUCACCUUUGUUCUGUCCUCAUGUACCUAACGGGGACCAGGGACGUGAUCUCCACCAAACACGGGGUGGCCAUCGACGUUUAGACGCCACUUCUGAAUCUGACCUGGUAUGGAUCGCCUCUGAUCUGGGCCAAAAUGUUCUUAACGGCUUGAAACAACUUUUAGACUCUCUAUGGAACAGUUAUGGUACAUGAAAGAUUCACUUACUACAUGUUUAUUCUGCUUAGGUGGAGAUAAAUGUUGGCUAAGAAUCUAAAUGUGACCACAAAUAGAGACACGUGUACAAUAACGAAUUUCCUCGAAAAAGGGACUUGUUGUGUGGGUACCAAUCAUGGAUUUCUUUGAGAUUUUUGUUUCUGGUAUUAUGGAAAUGUAUCAGAAUCCUCUUACCAUAUCUGCUUAUCUAUAAUAACUGUCUUAGGUGUUUAUAGAGUGACCCUUUAAAGCUUUGACAUAUCGUUUUGCAGAGGCUUGCCUGCUGUGUGUUCCUCUCCCCAAACCCCCCAAAAAGGGACCCGAGACUUAGUGUCACUUUUUGGCCCUUUGAACUCUUAACUGGUCAUCAGCUGAACUAUCACUAUCCGUCCUACCAAGAAACACUCAAGGAAGAGUCAACCAAAGGUCAACCACAGGCUGUACCACACUGCUGACGGUAUAUUACCACUGUUUUUCCACUGUG